AUGUCACAGACAGAAUUUUGUUUGACGGUUGUUCAAGAAGGGAAAGAUGGCGUGUCCAGGCUUGCCCAGAUGAAAGAGCGCCUGACCAGGCGGCCCAGCGAAUUACCAGAUAGCGAGGAGGAGGAAUGCGGCUAUGCCAGUGGCCAGCCGCUGCUGCCAGUGUCACAGCCCCCAGGCAAAACCCACAAACACCGUGGGUUUUGUGUGAUAACCAGCACCAACAGCUCCACUUGCAAACGGCCCCAGGCAGAGGCCGUUGAGGAAGGAGGCUGCUGCAACUCCUGCCUUUCAGAUGGCUCUGUGGCGAGGACAGCGCAGCCUCAGCUCCCUCGAGCAUGAAACCACUGGUUUGGCUGCAGAAGACUGCCCAGGAGAUACACUGAGUGCGCGCAGUGAAGAGUCCUGGGGCUGCUGCAGGGCUCCGCACCUUUCAGAGCAAUGCUGCAGGCCAGCACGGCGAGGCUCGUGUCGGACACCUACCUGGCGAAACUCCUGGAAGGGCUCAGCAACCUUCGCUCGCAGAGCGCACUGUGCGACGUGACACUGGAGGCAGAAGGGGUUUGCUUUCCAGCCCACAAGGUCAUUUUAGCGUCAGCAAGUAAUUACUGCAAGAUCCUGUUUGUUGGAAACUUGACAAGAGCGGGGAGCCCAGAUGAUAACAUCCGGCUGAAAGCUGUCAGUGCUACCGGACUGAGGAAUGUUCUCAACUUCAUUUACUCCAACGAACUAGACCUCUCAUUACAGAAUAUUGAGGAGACCUUCAAAGCUGCAGAAACCCUCCUGGUUCGGGAGGUGAUCAAGCUGUGCUUUCGCUUUCUGGAGGGUUGCUUGAACUGUGAGAACUGCGUGGAUGUUCUUAACAUUGCUAAAAAACUUGGCCCAGCAGAGUUGAGACAGAAAGCCAUGUGCUACGUAGGACAGCACUGCAAACAGAUCCUGGCUGAUCCUCAGUGCUUGAAAGACCUGGACCGAGGAACCCUUUGUGAAAUUUUAGACAGGACCGACACGGAGGGAUGCAGUGAGCUGGAGCUGUUCAGAGCCGCUGUGAGCUGGCUGCAGCAUGACCGCACGCGGCUGAAAGAUGCAGCAGAUAUUUUCAGGCGCGUAAGAUUCCCUCUCAUUCCUUUACAGGAUCUGCAGAGAUAUGUCCAGGAAAUGUCUCUUAUGAGGCUGGAUUCAGGCUGCCACAGGUACCUGCAGGAGGCUCUGAAUUACCACUCCCAGCUGUAUGCUCAGCCAGUCCUGCAGACCAAGAGCAUGAGCCUCCGCUCCGGUUCCACCAUGUUGCUUGUCGCCGGUGGCAGAACCACCGACAACUGCGUGUGCAGAGAGAUGUGGGCUGCAGACCAGAGCUGCAGCACCUGGCACAAGGUCGGGGACCUCUGUGUGCCAGUGUACAACCACUGUGUCGCCGUCAUCAAUGACUUCCUCUUUGUCAUCGGGGGACAGUGCAAAUUUGAUCCCACGGGAAAACAGCCAUCAAAUAAGGUUUUCCGAUUUGAUCCCCGCAACACUUCCUGGCUCCAGGUUGCCAGCAUGCUGGAGAGGCGGACACGCUUCCACGCGGGUGUGCUGUCUGACUGCAUCUUCGCCGUGGGUGGUGGGACACUUCUGGGGACUCUCACGCGCACCGUGGAAUUGUACCAGCCCGCUGACAACAAGUGGGAAUUUGCAGCUCCUUUCCCCAUGCCUAUUGCUGAUCAUGCAGGCACAACCCACAAAGGAAUCCUCUAUAUUUCAGGGGGCUUCUCUGGGGGUAAAACCUUACGAGACACUUACAGCUACCUCCCUCGCCUCCGACGCUGGAUCAGCAACAGUGCCAUGGCUUUUACCCGCUGUGAUCACGGGAUGGCUACGGUCAGGGACAGGAUCUUUUGCAUUGGAGGAAGGACACUAAAAGGAGCAGAGGAAUGGAUUCACGUCAAUAAGACGGAGUAUUAUUGUCCCGUAAGCAAUCAGUGGACGACGCUAACACUAUCACUGUUCAGCUGCUGCCAGUUCAGCAUCACAGCCCACGAGUCUACGCUCUACCUCGCAGGAGGUGGGUCGCUGCAGCACAUGCAGAAAGAAGACAGUGUUUUCCUGUAUGACACACAGGGGCGGGUAUGGAAGAAAGCCAGUCCCCUGCCUAAAGCUCUGGUGGAUCAUGCCUCUUGCAUGAUUAAACUGUCCCAAGUGAACGCAGCUGGUGAGGCGGGGAGAGGCUCCCCCACAGGCACGAGGAAGAAAUCUACCCUCAGCUUGUUCAUCACAAAGAAACAAGAGUCCCACACUGCCUCGGAAAAGAAGUAG